AUGCCGCAAAGUGAGAAAGCUGCGCUUUUACGCCGUCGAAGUGAAGCUAGGGCUGCAAAGAAAAGAAACGAAUCAUCGCGUUCUUUUGUUCGUAGUGUUCCACUUGGUUAUGUAGAAACAGGUGUAUUUUUUCCUGAUCCUUGUUCACAUAGAGACAGUAACAUUCAGGAUAGUCAAAAUGACAAUGUUACGCUUAAUGAAAUGGUACGACAUAGCUCGCUUGGUUUUGCUAAUGAUCAAGGCGUUCUCAUUAGAGAGGGAUUGGACUACAUGGCCAGCAGCGGAUCUACUGUUACUAAUGUUUCAAGUCCUGCUCCUUCUUCUGUUGUUCCCAUUGAAUCCAAUCCAUUUCCGAUUAUUCCUGAAGAAACUCCACUCAUUGGUGAACUAGAGAGUGGAAGAAAUAGGAAAAAAACUGGUGCUGUCAUGCAAAGAGAAGAACAAUGUGGAUCUUCUCAUGAUUAUCCUGCAGUAAAGUCUUCUAGGAAAAGGCAGCAACGCAGGAACACCUUGUCAAAAACAUUGACUCGGCCUCCUCGAAACAGUAUAGCCCUGCCUAAUGAGAUUAACCAAAGGUUUAAUAUUCAAAGUGAGAAUUCAGAUAAUGUUUUUUGUUAUAUGAAUGAGCCAAAUUCUGAAAUCAAUAAUGUUAUCAACUAUAAAUAUUUGGAUCAUUUUUCAACAGACCUUGCAUCUUCUUCUACUCAAGUUGAUUCUCGGUCUAGAUGUCUCUCUGAAGUUAUCCAGCCUUGUGGCCAAAUUUCAGCUCUGCAACAUCAAGCAGAGGCUGAUGUUGCCAAGAGAAGAAAAAGAGAUAUAAACCCUUCUAAUCUUCCUGCUGCUAUUACUUCUCCUAGGCCAACACAUAGUCAUCCUGUCCGUAGCAGACCUCACAGAACAGGGCCAAAUGGUACAGGUGCUAAGAUAUAUCUUUCAAGAAUUGAAGUUAUUCCUGAUGCACCUUUGCUCCUUCCUGAUGCUCCUGACUGUCAAUAUUGUGGAGCUAAGAGAUUCUAUUUAGAACCUCCUACUUUUUGUUGUUCCAAAGGAGAAAUCUCUAUUGUCGCUCCUCGCAUGCCUUAUGCUCUCAAGCGUCUUUUCACAGAAAACGAUGAAGAGAGUGAGCAUUUUAGAAAAUUAGCUCGCACCUAUAAUAAUAACUUGGCUUUCACAGCUUUUGCUGCAAAGUAUGAUUCAGAAUUGACAAAGAAUACAAAGGGUGUUUAUACUUUUCGUGUUCAAGGCCAAGUUUAUCAUUUUCUCAAUGGUUUAUCAGAGUCAACUGAUAGGUCUUCUGGAAUUCAGCUAUAUAUUUUUGAUACUGAUGAGCAGCUGAAAAGAAGAGUAGCUAGCUGUGACAAAUUACGUGAGACCACUUUGAGGUUGUUGAUGGAUAUCCUUUCUGAGAAUCCUUAUGCUAGAUUUUUCAAAGAUCUCAGAGAUGUGCCAAAUAUUAACAACUUCAACAUUGCUCUUAAUUGCUACCCUGCUCUAGACCAACGUGUAUAUAAUCUGCCUUCUACUUCCCAAGUCGCUGCAAUAUGGACUGAGAGUGAUGAUCAAUCUCUUGAUAAACAGGCACAUAUUUUGGUCUAUACUCAUUCAAAUACAAGUUAUAGGAUCCAGCAUUACUAUGGUUGUUAUGAUCCUUUACAAUACCCUUUAUUAUUUCCUCGGGGUGAAUCUGGAUGGCAUCAUGGAAUUAAACGAGUCUAUAAGAGAAAGAGAGGUGAUGAUUUAUGUGAAGAUGAAAUUAAUAUCGAUCCCUCUUCUGUUGAACACUCGUCUGAUUUGAUUGAUUUGGAAAGAAGAGCUGCUGACCGUGGCAAGAAAGAAGAAUACACUGUCUCAGCUAGAGAAUAUUAUUGUUAUAGAUUUCAAAUUAGAGAUAAUGAUGAAUCCAUGUUGCUGCACACACUUAGAUUAUUACAGCAAUUUUCUGUAGAUGGGUAUGUAAAAAUUGAAACUUCUAGGCUGGAUUUUCAACGGAAAAGACAGAAUGAUAUUCGGACUGAAAUUCUUGAAGGAGUGAUUGAUAGUCUUUCAGUAGGCCAAACUGAAGGUUCAAAGGUUGGUCGUAAAGUGAUAUUACCAGCUUCAUUCAUAGGCGGACCACGAGAUAUGAGGCGUCGAUAUCUUGAUGCCAUGGCCUUGGUUCAGAAAUAUGGAAAACCUGAUAUUUUUCUUACGAUGACAUGUAAUCCGAUGUGGAAAGAAAUUCAGGAUAAUCUGCAAUUUACAGAAAAACCUCAAGAUAGGCCAGAUCUUUUGUCUAGAGUGUUCAGAGCAAAAUUUGAAAUGCUUAAAUCUGAACUUUUAGAUAAGAAAAUAUUUGGAGAAGUAGCUGCAUGUGUUUAUGUUAUCGAAUUCCAAAAAAGAGGAUUUCCUCAUGCUCAUUUGUUAUUAAUUUUGAAACCACAGUUCAAGUUGUUGAAUCCUCAAUCUUAUGAUAGGAUAGUAUCUGCUGAGCUGCCUAACCCUCAUCAAUAUCCCCAUCUAUACUCUCUUGUUCUUAAACACAUGAUUCAUGGUCCAUGUGGAGUUAUGGAUCAAACUAGCCCAUGUAUGAAGAAUGGUUCAUGCAAGAAUCAUUAUCCAAAAAAUUUCUGCGAACAAACAGUUCAUGCUGAGGAUACUUAUCCAUGUUAUAGGAGGAGAGAUGAUGGUAGAAAGAUAAAGGUGCGUAGAAAUGAACUUGACAAUAGAUGGGUUAUUCCAUAUUGUCCUUAUUUAUUAGCCCUUUUUGAUUGCCACAUGAAUGUGGAAAUUUGUUCUACUUUGAAGCUGGUGAAAUAUUUAUACAAAUAUGUUUUCAAAGGACAUGAUCUUGUUAGUUUUAAGAUUGUUACUGGAGAAAGCUCUGCUGAUGUUGAUGAAAUAAAAGAAUUCCAGCAGGGAAGAUGGAUUUCACCCCCUGAAGCAUUUUGGCGAAUCUAUGAAUUCCGACUAAAUGAGAUGACUCCAGCAGUUUAUUCUCUUCAAGUUCAUCUCCCUGGUCAGCAGUUUAUUACUUUCAACAAAAAUUCAGAUCUUUUAGAAUUGAUGAGAAAGAUUGAUUUCUCAAAGACCAUGCUAACCGAAUUUUUUGAAAUGAACAAAGCAAACUGA